AUGUCUCCAAGAGCAUCAGUUCGAAUCAACGGCAAUAGAAACAUCCACGUGGAUGCAGCUCCAGCACCCGCAAGGGGCGGAGGCCGAGGUGAUGGUCGACGCGGAGGCCGACGUGGCGGCCAAAGCGGUAGGGGAGGUAGACAAGGAGCAUCAGUAGCACCGGUAGAUGAAGUAGCACUCGAACAACAACAAGCACCUCCCAAUGCUCAAGCUGAGAUACUCCAAGAAAACGCUCGUAUACGUGAGGAGCUAACUCAAGAAAUUUCAAGGCUACGAGCUCAGAAUGAGGAGUUACGCCGGAAUCAAAAUCCACUCGUUAGAAACCUAGCUCUUCAACCAGCUGCAAUGAAUCCAGAACCAAUACAACGUUUUGAACCUGUGUACGAGCGAUUUAGGAAACAACAACCACCAAUAUUCAAUGGGAGCUCGGACUCACUUGAAGCUGAGGAAUGGUUGCGCUCAGUGGAGUCCAUAUUGGAAUAUAUGGACCUCAAUGAUAGGGAAAGAGUAUCCUGUGCUGCCAGCCUACUUAAAAAGGAUGCACGGAUCUGGAAGUACUACAGUGCCGCCAUACUGGCUGCAAAAGAAGAUGAGUUUAUGAAUCUGAGGCAGAACAAUCUCACUAUCACGGAGUAUGCUAGGCAAUUUGACCGUCUGGCAAAGUUUGCACAAGAGAUCGUACCAACCGAGGCCCUUCGGGUCAAAAGGUUCUUGAAGGGGAUGAACCCCAUGAUAAAAAAAGAUGUGAAAAUCAUGGUGGGGACCAACACAGUUUAUGCUGAGGUGUUAGAGAAAGCUCAUGAAGCUGAGUUGCUCGAAAAUGAUAUAAAGAAGGAGAAUGCUGCUAAGUGGGAAGCCCGAAGAAACAAUGGAGGAAAUCAAGAGAAUAAGAGAAAACACGAGGGAAAUCACGGUAAUGAUCGUGAUAAAAAGGGGAAAGCAGUGGUCCAAAAUAACAACAAUGGGGUGAAAAGGUCCUAUGUAGAAUUCCCAAUUUGCCCCUCAUGCAAUAGAAAACAUCUUGGGGAGUGUAAGAUGAAAGGAGAAGUGGCCACAAGCAACACUGUUGUCUCAGGUCAGGUUUCUAAUUACGGAUUGCCUUGUAAUGUUCUCUUUGAUUCUGGAGCUACUCAUUCUUAUAUAGCUACUAGGUUGAUUGAUAGUAUAGAUAAGCCAUGUGACCUACUUAGAUGUGGGAUUGUGACGGAAUUACCCUCGGGAGAAACCAUGCUAUCAACAAGAAGAAUGCGAGAUGUACCUAUCAUAAUCGAAAGCAAAGAACUCAUGGGCGACCUAAUAGAGUUGGGAAUAAAGGAAUAUGAUGUUAUACUUGGGAUGGAUUGGCUAUCUAGUCACGGUGCGACAAUCAAUUGCCGAAAGAAACUGAUCGUUUUUGAAACAAAGGCUGGGGAUCGAUUUAUAUUCAAGGGCGACAAGCUAGCCCUUAGGACUCCAUUAAUCUCUUCCCUGAAAGCUAGUCAGCUAAUGAAGGCGGGAUGCAUGGCAUUCUUGGCCAGCGUAGUGGAUCGAGCAAUAGAGACGCAACUAAAUGUGGAGAACGUGCACAUAGUCUGUGAAUUUCCAGAGGUCUUUCCAGAAGAUCUACCGGGACUACCUCCAGACAGAGAGGUGGAGUUCAUCAUCGAAUUAGCCCCAGGGACUAAUCCAAUUUCAAAGGCUCCAUACAGAAUGGCACCUAAUGAGCUAAAAGAGCUUAAAAUACAACUAUAG